CAUGGCCGAUGCCUUCAAACCCUAUGACUCCGCGGUCUUCCUUCCAAUUUACCCAAAUUAACAAACACUGCGGCUUCUCUUUCUCUCUCUAUUGCUAUCGUUUUUCAAAAAGCGAACAGCUAAUUUUUUUUUCUCUCAAUUAAUAUUCCAGUUUUUCUGGCUCUGUUUGGUAAUCGAGUCGAGGAGCUUCUUGCGUAUAUCUGAUCCGAGAAUCAGAGACCCGAAAAUCUUCUUCAAGGAGUGUUUUCAGUCGUCUACAAAUCUUGUGUUUUACAGAGUAGGCGGCCUAGAAAAUGACAAGGAUAAGCCGUACUUAUAAUGACACAAUGCAAAGAGAGGGUGUCUCAGCUGUAUCAGCGGAUGUGAUAUUUGCUUCCAGUCGUUUUCCAAACUACAAAAUUGGAGCUAACAAUCAGAUUGUGGAGGCAGUAGAUGAUCCCAAAGUACUAUCUAUGAGGCAGGUCGUUGCUUGCGAGGCUGCCCAACUUUUGGAACAGCAGAAACGCCUCUCGGUUCGAGACUUGACCAAUAAAUUUGAGAAGGGUUUGGCUGCUGCUGCUAAGUUGUCUGAAGAGGCUAGACUAAGAGAGGCAGCUUCAAUGGAAAAACAUGUCCUAUUGAAGAAGCUUAGGGAUGCAUUGGAAGCAUUAAGAGGACGUGUCGCCGAAAGGAAUAAGGAUGAUGUAGAGGAAGCAAUUGCAAUGGUGGAGGCUUUAGCAGUUCAACUUACUCAACGGGAAGGGGAAUUAAUACAAGAAAAGGCUGAAGUGAAGAAGCUAGCUAAUUUUCUUAAGCAGGCAUCGGAAGACGCUAAGAAACUCGUCAAUCAGGAAAGAGCUUUUGCACGUGCAGAAAUUGAAAAUGCAAGAGAAGCAGUUCAGAGAGUGGAAGAAGCCCUACAAGAACAUGAACGAACAUCUCGUGCAGCUGGGAAGCAGGACCUGGAGGAACUAAUGAAGGAGGUUCAAGAGGCUAGAAGGAUCAAAAUGCUCCACCAACCAAGCAAGGUUAUGGACAUGGAACAUGAACUUCAGGCAUUGAGACGACAACUUGCGGAGAAGUCGAAGUAUUCUAUACUACUUCAGAAAGAACUUGCAAUAAGCAAGAAGGCAAUGGGAGACAGUUCCAACUUUUACGAGAUAGAUGGUGCCGAGUUGUUGGGUUCUUAUCUCCAUAUCCAACCUUCUUGUGAUACAGCUCCAGACGUUUCAAAAUGCUCUAUCCAAUGGUACCGCAUAGCACCUGAAGGUGGCAAGAAAGAACUUAUUUCAGGAGCUACAAAAUCAGUUUAUGCUCCCGAGCCUUUUGACGUCGGGAAAAUAUUGCAAGCUGACGUUAAUUUAGAUGACCAUAGAAUCACUUUGACCACCACUGGCCCCAUUGAUCCAGCUGCUGGUCUGGGAAUCUAUGUUGAAGCCCUCGUGCGGAAACAUGAUGUCGAGUUUAAUGUAGUUCUUACUCAGCUGAAUGGAGUAAAUCAUCCAUCCGAGUCGAUCCACGCGCUCCACGUCGGAAAGAUGCGGAUAAAGCUCUGCAAGGGAAAGAACACCAUCGCUAAAGAAUUCUAUUCUUCAUCAAUGCAGUUAUGUGGAGUUCGGGGCGGUGGCAACGCUGCAGCUCAAGCGUUGUUUUGGCAAGCUACGAAAGAUCUUUCUGUCGUAUUAGCAUUCGAAACCGAGAGAGACAGGAACGCAGCCAUAAUGCUAGCCAGGAGGUUCGCUUUUGAUUGCAAUAUCGUUCUUGCUGGACCGAACGACCGAGCUCCAUCACCGAACUGAUGAACCUUUGUAGAUCUCGAUCUCGAUCUCCCCUUAAAUGUAAAUUGUCGUUAGUUCCUAUUAUUACUCAACAUUUGAUAGUAGUAGAAUUUGGUGACCCUUCUUUCCUUCUAACAUUAAGGCAUCAUGUUUUUUUUGUUUGCCUUUCUGUUUCAGAGUCCUAACGAAGUAUGUCCUCUGUAGUUCUUCUUACUUUAACAUGAUUCAUAUUUGCAUGAAUGAAGCUUUGUAGUUUAACUCGA